CGUGGUAUUCGGAGACUACGAGCGCGAUGAGAUCGAGUGCCAGCUCACCAUCGAGGAGUUGGCAGCGGGCAUGCAGUGCGAGCCGGCGGUGCUGCUGAUGCCGAUCGCUGAUGUGCUGCUACAUCCUGAGUACAAGCACUUCGGCGUCCGGAGCAGCAUCGCGCUGUUGAAGACGAUGACUGCGGUCAAGUCCAGUUACAUGGUGCCAGUGUGUUUACCCUUCAAAAAUUUCCUAGUGGACAAGAAUGGCAGGCAGACUAAAGAUAAAAUGUACCACAUUGACUUUACAAGCGAUGUUCCGAGAGACUUUAUGGAGGAAGAGAAAGAAGUGUCACGUAUUUCAUUGCUGCCUCGAGAGCUUUGUUAUUUAUACGAUAACCCAAUAAAUGGAAGCAGUAAGGGCAAGGAGCGCAUGGCAUGCACCACGGGCUGCGGGUUCUACUCCGGGUCGCCGAGCAUAGUGCACGAGCACACGGGACACUGGUCGGUCGUGGCUCUAUCUGAGGGUGGUUCGCCCUGUCCAGACCCUCUGAGGUCACGAAGGCCUCCCGCGCCUCCACACCACAUUCUGUUGCACCCCUACGUGCCCUGGAUCACCGCUGCCAUCACUGGCAAAGCUAUGGGGGCUUUCUCCAAAGAUGAUCCAUUCGGUUUCACCAUGCCUCGAGCGUCUGACCAGGAGCAACUGAGCCACUCGUGGGUGGGCCACUGGUGGAUGGGCGGCAUCCGCUGCUACGACCGCGGCGAGGCGGCCGAGGACAUGUUCCGCUUCUACCACGAGGUGUUCUCCAUCAAGCCCAGCACACCCACUUACUUAACCUACAAUUUAGAUAUUAACGCAGCCCGCGACACGCUGAUCAUAUGCGUCAAAGUCGGCAUGCCGUACCAUCUCGGGAACCCAAUCGUGUGGCAGCUGGACACUCCCGCAGCUAUGGUGAAGAUCCCGAUGAUCACGUUCCAGAACAUGUACCGGUUCCAGGUAGAGGCGUGGGCGUACAACUCCACCAUCUCCGACUCCUCCUCCUCCUACGAGUCCGUGUCCUCGGAGUCCUACUCCGAUGAUCAGUCGACACUAUAGAAACAGGUUAAAG